AUGUAUGGUCUCACAUCACUAUCGCUGUUGAGCCUGAUGGUGCUCUCCGUAUCGGCGACUGCCAACGUCAAGAAAACGACGGUGGGCAUUGAAACGGCACAGACCAGCCGCGGUCUUCACGUCUCGCUGGAUGAAUGCCAUGCAGUCGAGGAAGAAGAGGUCUUCACAGUAUCUAUCCGCAAGAAGUGCCGUGUUUUCACUGGCCCCGAAUGCACCGGGCGAAACACGGUGCUUGCCCCCGGCGAUCACUCGGCCAAGGACCCGGUACCUGUGGAAGCAAUCUUCUGCCACUCGGCAUGA